AUGUACGACCCGUCGCAUCACAGCUUCGGUCCUGCUGCCGCGUCAGAUGGCAUCGAGCCGGCCAGGCUUCUGAGCCAUCACACCCACCUGGUUCCAGGCCAACUACUGGUAACAGAAUAUGCCUUUGAGGUCCCCAAGGACUACAACAAUCCCUCUAGUGGGUCCAUCAGGCUGUUCGCCCGAAGUGUAACAAAGAGAGAGGUCCCUAUCAUCCCUCUCUCAUCUGCCGACUUCUACCACUAUGCCCAGAAACCCUGGUUUGUCUACCUCGAGGGUGGGCCAGGCUUUGGCAACCGCGAGCCCCAGGAGUCGCCAAUCACCCGCUUUGUCCUGAAUAGGGGCUACCAGAUGCUGUUUCUGGACUACCGCGGCACAGGCCUCAGCGCUACCAUUACGGCAGACACACUGGAGCUGCAAGGCGGCCCCCAGGAGCAGGCCGAUUAUCUCAAGCUAUUCCGCCAGGACAACAACGUCCGCGAUCUGGAAGCUGUUCGGCGCUGUCUGACCGAGGACUACCCCGCCGAGAAGAAGCAGUGGUCCAUCUUUGGCCAGUCGUUCGGUGGCUUUGUGUCCCUGACAUAUCUUUCCAACAAAUUUCCGGGAGAUAUAGAGCUAGUCCGAAAUCUAGCAACGCAUAUCGGCACUUCUCCCAAGGGUAUUGAUCUUCCUGCAGGUGGUCGUCUGACAGUGCGUCGACUGUUGACUGUGGGGCACAUGUUUGGCCUCCAUGGUGGCGUCGACACUGUCCAUUCCUUGCUCCUGAGAAUGAAGUCUGAUCUUGAUCAGUUCAAAUUCUUCACCCGGCCAACCCUUACUCAGAUCGAACAGCACAUGCUGCCCUUCGAUAUUGCGCCCAUCUACGCCAUCUUGCACGAAGCUAUUUACUGCUACAAGAAAGGCCUGAGAUCGGACUGGGCAGCUAAUCGGAUUGGUCAGAAGCUGUCAGAGUUCGCCUGGCUGUCAGACCGCCCACCAGGUUUCAACAGCGAGGCCUUCGAGAAGACAACACUGUACUUCUCCGGCGAGAUGAUCUACCCCUUCAUGUUCGAUGUCUACCCCGAGCUCAAGCGCAUGAAGCAAGCCGCUCACAUUCUAGCUCACUAUGACGAAUGGGACAACCUGUACGACGAGGACCAGCUUGCGCGGAACGAGGUCCCUAUUUAUGCGGCGAGCUUCAUCGACGACAUGUACGUCGACUGCGACCUUGCCCGCGACACAGUCCGCAAGGUCCAAGGAGUGAAGGUCUUCGAGACGAACUCGAUGUAUCACAACGCCGUCCGCGCACGGCCUGAGGAGGUUCUUCCGCAGCUUUUCCGACUCAGGGAUGACACGAUCGAUUAG